GGUUGCCGCGGCGCUGGGAAGCGUUAGGACUGAGCGAGGAGGCCUGGCGGUGUUGCUGGGGGCGGUGGUGCGCCUCUCACACUCAUGAGGAGCCGGAAGCUCACAGCAGGGGUGCGGUCCUCGGCGCGCCUGAGAGCCCGGAGCUGCGCGGCCAGGUUGGCCUCCGCCCAGGAAGCCAGGAUCGCCUCGUCUGCCAGGACGGCAUGUCAGACUUCCUCGUCGCACAAAGCCACGGACAGGCGAACUUCCAAGAAGUUCAAGUGUGACAAGGGCCAUCUUGUGAAAUCGGAAUUACAGAAACUGGUCCCCAAGAGCGAGAGCGCCACCCUGCCCGGGGCGCCACCGGAGGCCCCUUGUAAGAGUGAGGCCCUGGAGCUGGCUGACGAAGGCCCGUCGCCCCCGGGAAAGGAAGCCGGCGCCUGCGCCCCGCGGGGGACCACAGGCCUCCCCUUCGGUCACGGCCGAGUUGUGAGCGGUGCUUGCUCAGCGAGGACUGAAGACGGCCCGUCCGGCACCCCGCCGGGCACGGGGCUGAACAGCGGCCCCGCCACAGUGGGGGGGUCCGCGCCGGAGACCGAGCAGGCCCGGGCGCCGCCGCUCCACAUGGACAGCAGCGUCUUCCUGGACGAUGACAGCAACCAGCCGAUGCCGGUGAGCCGGUUCUUCGGCAACGUGGAGCUGAUGCAGGACCUCCCGCCCGCGUCUUCGUCCUGUCCGUCGGUGAGCAGGCGAGAGUUCAGGAAAAUGCAUUUCAGAGCCAAAGAUGACGAGGAGGAGGAGGAGGAUGCAGAAAUGUAGGGAAUAAAAGACACACGCCGACUUCUUUGCAUACUUAGUGCCGUUAACAACUGACAGUUCCGUAAAUCAGGAGGCUUACAAAAUUUAUCCCCAAGAAGAUGGGUCCUGAAUCCCACUUCCUGGGGGCAGGCUCUCCCCAGAACGAAACCGCCCCGAGGGCGCAAGCUGCUGCCUCGUUGGUUCGCAGGAAGGCCAGCCCCUGUCGGGUCUGCACCGACGCGGGAGCAGGGUUUGAGGCGGCCAGGGGCUGACUCUACCAGACGUAUUUGUAAAGAAAACUCUUCGCCUAAGCUCUUUAGUUUUGAUAACAUGCAAGCUCAUUUUCCAUGGUCAGAAUUUGAUCAUUCUCGUGGUCGGUUUAGUGACAGUUCUUAAAGAACCCGCCUUUAUUUCCGUGUACAAAGCUAACGUUUAUCUUCGACAUUGUGGGGGAAUGAUACAUGUGGGGGGAAAUAAACUAUAUUUUGAAACUAUUUUA